AACAGCAAACUUCGAAGCGAACGGUUCACGGUUCGCAGUCGCAGUCGCGUUUCUAUAUUUCUCCAACCAUUUUUAGAAAACUUCUCACACACUCACACACCCGAUACCAUCGGCGAUACCAGCGGCGAUAGGAGACCACCCACCCAUCAACAGAGCCGACAGCAGACAGAGCUCCACCCGCCCCCUAACAUUCGCAACUGCGUCGUCUGUAUUUGAGUGUGUGUGUGUGUGUCUCGUGCGUCUGUGUGUGUGUGUGUCGCUUGUGUCGCUUGUGUGUGUGUGUUUUUCUUGUUCUCCCCAAAACACGAACGAACAUAAGACAAAACGAGCAUUGAAAGUGCAAAGGCUCAAAGCGAAGCAAGAUGGCCGAAAAUUGCACAAAAUGCAAAAAAUCAAUCAACUCGAAGGAUGCACUCAUCAUAUGCAAUUCGGAUGACUGCCUUAAGAAGUUCCACCGGACAUGCUGUAACAUUGACGAUGCCAUGUACGAUAUGAUACAGAAGAAUCCAAUGAUAUCAUUUAACUGUGAUGAGUGCCGCACUCAAACGCCGAAAGCACUCUGCUCCAAACUGCAGACAAUCGAGGAGAAGGUGAACAAGGUGUGCAAUGGGGUUAACCAAAUCCAGGGACGGAUGUACCAACAGUAUUUCCAAUUUGGCAACCAGCCCAUCGUCAACAAUCUCGAUGGGAAAAAGCACCCGCAACAGAACAAUCUCAUCGUUGUCGGCAACAAUUGCAAUUCGGAUCGAUUGCACGUCGUAUGCGACUACGGACGUUGGGUGCAAGUUGGCAAAUUUGCGACAAACACCAGCGAGGAUGACAUUAUCGAGCAUCUCGCCGAGGAGCUAAAGAUUAACAAGAAUCUGGUGAAGUGCACCAAAUUGGUUAAGAACGAUGCCAACUUAUCGCAGUUAUCAUAUUGCAAAUUUAAGAUAUCCAUACCGGACUAUCGCUUCAAUGAGCUGUUCAACGAGGCGAUUUGGCCAAGUGGUGUUAUGGUUAGCCCCUUCACUCCACGCUCUCAGCUGAAUCAGAAUCGCAUAUAGAACGAGAGAGCCACGGAGAGAGCGCGCCUGCGCCUCAUCGCCAAGGAGGGGGGUGCAUUGCACUGGGCGAGAGACAGAGAGAGAGGGCGCUCGGGAGCAGGAGGAGGAGGGCAUGAGGGUUGCUUGCCGGUCGGUCAGCGACAACAGCAACCUCUAGACGAGAUGACAAGAAAAACAACAGCAUGAAUAACAACAACAACAACAACUAAAACACAUAGUUCUUUCAUUCGAUAACGUUUUUUAGCCGUCGCCGACUUUUGGGAGGUGUGCGUUGUCUGUGGAAAAGGGCCAGGGACGGCGGCGGGGGUUGGCUCACAAAUUGUAUGCAAAUUUUUUGACUUUGACAACUCGAAAACUUUGUCUAAAACUUUCAAAGCUUACUCAUUAUUAAGAGCAUGAAUUACAGCUAAAUAAAAAAGUACUUAUCGGAUUAACUUUGAAAAUGCAUUUUAAAAUGUUUAACCGUUGCGUAAAUUAUCAAAAACCAAAAAGAAAAUAUAAUAAUUUUAAAUGCAAAACAAAAGUAAUAUACUUAAAUGUGAAACAAAGUCAAAUAUUAGUCAUUUAUGCAUAACUGUCGUAUUUAAAUUAAACAAAACGAAAGGCAACUAUUAAAUCACACAGUCAGUAAAUAUUUAAACCAAAAAACAAAAUAAAAUAAUAUACAUAUUUAAACUAUUUAAGCAAGGCACUAAGUAAUCCUAUGUUUUAUAAGUUCUUUCAAUAAAUAUUCUUCGUUUUUCUUUUCUUUUCUUUUCUUUUUUUUAUUGAAUCAAAUGAGUAUGUUUUUUAAUUUGAGUACUUUCCCGAAAUUUGAAAUCAAUUAACUUUAAAACCAAAAGCAUUAGGUUUAUUACAACUUACAAGUAUAUUCAGAAUUAUUGUAUUCAUAUGCGUAGUUUGAGGCAUUUUCAAAGCUUGUUCUCAAAAAUUUCUAGAAAUUUUGCGAACCCAAUGAAAUGGAUAAUGGCAAAAAUGUACAAUUUAUUCAAAACAAAUUUAUAUUCUGUAUUCGAAACUAUAUAUUACAACACAAGAAAUAAAAUUCAAAUACAAAUAAAUAAACCAAUUGAAAAUCCAAAUAUAUUGAGAAACCUGUUCAACACAAUUUAA